CGCGUCGUUUCCUCACUCGGCUCACUGUGACCCAGUCGAAACGCAGUGUAUACAAGACACCGUUUCAUACGUCCAACAUGCUUCCCGGGCUACCGGUAGAAUUGCACGAACGCAUACUCGAACACCUCCAGGACGAGCGGCGAACCCUACGGAUGUGUAGCUUGACUUGCCGUGCAUGGGUUUUCUUCGCACAACGCCACCUUUUCCGCAAGGUCCGCAUCGAGAGGCGUCCUGACUCCUCCGCAUUCUUAGCGGUUUUGCAAGCAUCGACCACCGGAAUCGCAGACCAUGUCCGCGAGCUCAACUUGCUGGGCGUUCUCUUCACUACCAACGGCCUUCCCCCUCCCGAAUUGCAACAUAUCAUCCGCCUCCUCGUGAAUCUUGAGACCCUAUCUAUCGAAGCCGUCGAUUGGCCUCGCGCGAUGGACAUCAUGGAGUAUUCACGUAUCGCGUCGCAUUCCCUCAGCGACGCGGUUGCUUUCCUAUUUCCAGCGCCGACUCUCAAAGCCCUACGACUAUGGAAUGUUCACUUCGAAUCAGCCAAUGAUCUACUUCAUCUGCUCGUCGCCUUUCCUUCCCUGUCCAGUGUCCGACUGGUGAACGUGAGCUUGAACAACGUCCCGGAGAGGCUUGCUCAGAGUGAUGGUGAUGCACAUCGCCUUCGUAUCGAAGGUUUGUAUGUAGAAAAUUACACGACCGACGGCAUACUGGUGCUGUUCGUGGAUAGGCUGUUGAAGCCUCCCUUCGAGACGCAUCUCCGGAGGAUCGAAUGGGACAUCGACUACCGCGUGGGUCCGUAUGAUGCCGGCGCGCCUGUUCUGCUAGAGGCGGUGCGUGUCUCAGUAGGCUCCUUGGAGUCAUGCGACGUCAAGUUCGACGAUGACACUUGGCUUCGGGAUCUAGACAUAUCGAGACACCGCAAGCUGGCCAGCCUUGCCCUCGGUCUGCGUUGUACUGACGGGCUCUUCGGCGCGACGCAGGUCGACAAGUACACCAACUUGCCAGAAUUUCUGACCACACUCAACGCCCCUUACCUGCGCCGUCUGCAACUGUCUUUUACGCUCCUGAGCACGCGACCUUCUUGUAACCAUCUUCCUUGGCAGCGCAUGGACGACGCUCUUGUCUCAUUGCACAAGAAACACCCGUCCCUCGCGCUUAACUUUCGGGUUACUGUCUUGAUGCGGCCGUGCGAACGAGGCGAUGUCAUCCCGUUGUUCGUUGGACGGUUCCCGGCUACAGUAGCCAACUCAGUCCCAGUGAGCGUGGAUGUCUGUCUGAUCGAUUGCGGUGACAGCACUGGGCAUCUAACGUAUGUAGAGCAACAUAUGUGGUCCGAGCCGCUGCAGUAACUACCUUUGUGGUAUAACUUCGAGUCACCAACUGCGACAGAAGUCGUAGUGUGCUACGAAUGGUACUAGUAGGACUUAUGUUGAUGUCGAAGUGCUUAUGCAUUGCAAUUAUAUCGACAACUUGCACCUAUGUACUACGGAGCAAUUGCCAUUCACGUGAAUUGAGCGAGAUCGACUUUUGA